AUUACUAUUCAUUCAUUCCUUAAAAAUAUGCUUUUGGUGUCAACCAGCUGCACUGAGUUGAUAGAUAUAGGAGAAUGUCCCUCUGGAACAGAGGGCGCUUUACCUAAGUUCACAGCGAAGGACAUGAAGGGUGGUAUAGAUGUUUCCCGGGCAUUCACCUGGCUCUUGGCCACCUGUUGUGAUCAUGAGAGCCUAGGGCAGUCCUGUAAAGGGUUGACCGUGGCAGGAGGGGGAGCGGAUGCUCUUCAGCGGGUACACACUGGUGUGACUUGGCCUUGCCAGCUGUUUAAGGCAGGCACUCAGUUGAUUGGUCUGCGUCUGACACAUGCUAGUUGUCAAUGUUUUCACUGUAACUCUUGGCGUCAGGUUGUUUGUGGGAAGUGUGAUAAGAGACCGUAAACUCAGUGUUUACUCACCUGGUUUGCAAGCACUGUGCCUGGUCCUGGUGGACAGCAUACUGCCCUGGCCACUGCCUUGGACUAGAAGCCCUAGAAGCCUGCAGUACCAGAAGGGACCCAGUUCUGAGUGAGAACUGGCACAGCUGCUCCCAAGUGUGGGUAGGGGGACUGCCAGAGGCAGAAGGCCAGACUCCCGUGCUUCCCGAGUCUGCCAUAGCCAGAACCUUCUGGACCUGGAACAUCUCGGGGGAACUGUGUUGGAACCCCUCCUGAUUUACAGGUAAGCAUGGCCCCCUCUGGAAGACUUGGAAGGGCCUGCCAUCCACCAAGUGACAUCUUUGUUUCAAGGUCUCUACCUCUCUCAGCUUCAAGUUAGGUUUCAAGGACGUGUUCCCGACUGGAGGUGAAACCAUGAAGAGCAAAUAGAACUAAUAAGAAUGCUUUUCCGCAGUCGCUUCUUGCUGCUGCUGGCCCUGGCCGCGCUGCUGGCCUUCGUGAGCCUUAGCCUGCAGUUCUUCCACCUGACCCCGGUGUCCACAGCUAAGAAUGGAGCAAGUAGCAAGAGUCGAAAGAGAGUCAUGCCUGAGCCAGUGACAGAGCCCCCCGUGACGGACCCCAUUUACGAAGCUCUCCUGUACUGCAACAUUCCCAGUGUGGCUGAGCGCAGCAUGGAAGGUCACGCCCCGCAUCAUUUUAAGCUGGUCUCGGUGCAUGUGUUCAUUCGACAUGGGGACAGGUACCCACUGUAUGUGAUUCCCAAAACAAAGCGACCGGAAAUUGACUGCACUCUGGUGGCUAACAGGAAACCGUAUCACCCUAAACUGGAAGCUUUCGUGAGUCACAUGUCGAAAGGAUCCGGAGCCUCUUUCGAAAGCCCCUUACACUCCCUGCCUCUUUACCCCAAUCACCCACUGUGUGAGAUGGGAGAGCUCACGCAGACAGGAAUCGUGCAGCAUUUGCAGAAUGGCCAGCUGCUGAGGGACAUCUAUCUAAAGAAACACAAACUCCUACCAAGUGACUGGUCCACAGACCAGCUUUACUUGGAGACCACUGGGAAAAGCCGGACACUACAAAGCGGGCUGGCCUUGCUUUAUGGCUUUCUCCCAGAUUUUGACUGGAAGAAGAUUCAUUUUAGGCACCAGCCAAGUGCUCUGUUCUGCUCCGGAAACUGCUUUUGCCCUGUGAGAAACCAGUAUCUGGAAAAGGAGCAGCGUCGGCAGUACCUCUUACGUUUGAAAAACAGCCAGCUGGAGAGGACCUAUGAGGACAUGGCCAGGAUCGUGGACGUCCCCACCAAGCAGCUUCGAGCUGCCAACCCCAUAGACUCCAUGCUCUGCCACUUCUGCCACAACGUCAGCUUCCCAUGCACCAGGAAUGGCUGUAUUGACAUGGAGCACUUCAAGGUGAUCAAGACGCAUCAGAUAGAGGAUGAGAGAGAGAGGCGGGAGAAGAAGCUCUAUCUGGGCUAUGCCCUCCUGGGCGCCCACCCCAUCCUGAACCAGACCAUCAGCCGGAUGCAGCGUGCCGCAGAGGGCAGGAAAGAGGAGGUCUUUGCCCUCUACUCUGCUCAUGAUGUCACUCUGUCACCCCUUCUCAGUGCUUUGGGCCUUAUGGAAGCCAGAUUCCCAAGGUUUGCAGCCAGGUUGAUCUUGGAGCUCUGGCAAGACAAAGAAAAGCCCAGUGAGCAUUCUGUCCGGAUUCUUUAUAAUGGCGUCGAUGUCACAUUCCACACCUCUUUUUGCCAGGACCACCACAAGCAUUCUUCCAAGCCUAUGUGCCCCCUUGAAAACUUAGUCCGCUUUGUCAAAAAGGACAUGUUUGUGGCCCUGGGGAGUAGCGGUAGUACCAGUUAUUAUGAUGCUUGUCACAAGGAAGGAUUCUAACAGGUAGGCAGUGCAGUGCUGAUAGAAUCUAUGCCAAUACAGAGGGAUGGGAAGGGUCUGCUUCUAGUUCUGUUCAUUGCCAAGGGUAUAAGACUGUUGAUUUAUAAGGGCUAGAAAUCACGUUGAGGCACAUAGAUGGUUGGGUUGAACAGGAAGUACGUUGCUGUGAUUGGGUACGUGAGUUACUUGGUACAUCACGGCCAGUUCACAGAGAGGAAAGUACUUUCAUCCUAGCCUGACUUCACUUACGAUGCCGGAAGAGUAUUUCAGUCCCCAGAGUUGCCAGUCCACAUGGGUAUUGUCUUGAUCUGCCGUGGUACUAUACGAUGGAACCAGCAAACCUCAGCCAAAAUGUUCAGGACAGUUCUACCUUGUCCCUGUUCAGCGAAACAUUUCCUGAAGUGAUUUAUCUAAAAUAGGGGUUGGCACAUGUUUCCUGUACAGGGCCAGAUAGUGAAGAUUUUAGACUCUGGGGACCCAGAGGCCACCUACAGUCAUGUGGCAUGAAAGCAACCGCAGACAACGUGUAAACAAAUGAGUGUGGCCACGUUCACGGCCGAGGUUGCUGACCCCUGAUCUCAAAGCAGAGGCUCCACUACGUUUGCACUUUCAGCACUUUGAGAACCAGUUGGAUACAAAGAAUUAUUCAGUGGUGCCUCCAGGAACUUCUGCGAGAAACACCACAUUUGCUCUGUAGCUGGUGUUAAAACAAAACUUGAGGGGAAACAAACAUGGAAUCAGAAUGAAUCAUAGAAAAAUUAUAAUAAUACUUGAUGUUCUUGAUGAUUAUGGUAGAAGAUAGUUUUAAGUAUGUUUUGAGUAUUUAUCUGCUGUAGUCUAUUUGCUGUAUAGGCUGAAAUUUUUGUAUUCCAUUUAGUAUUUUUAUAGUCUAGGAAAAUAUUUUCUAAGACCGGUUUUAGAUGUGCUCUUAUUCCUAGGUAAUACUCAACUUACCGCACCUGCUUGGUGGUUAGAAGGAAGCCAGGAGCUGAAUUCAGGCAUUUUCUUCCAAUAAAACUAAUUAUGGUUCAUUCCCUUUGACAAGCCGUAGGAUUGGAUCAGUUUUUAAACCAUUUUCAUCAAUUUCAAAUGGUAAAUUCUAAUUGAUUUUUAAGUUUUUGGAAGAACUUUGUUACUAGAUAGUUAAAUAAUCUUUAUAAGAUAUUUUAUAUAUUAGAAGCAAUUUUAAUUAAAUCUGUGGUUUCUGAACUAAAAUGGUGCUAGGUCCAUGUGAAGACAUGUAAAGUGCAAGUGAGGUUCUCUGGUGUCGUUGGCAUUCCAAACUUUUCUCUUUGUUUUUGUCUAAUGUUGCCUUUGGAUACGUCUGUUUCUAUAAAUAAAUUUUUGAAGAAUACUUGUACAUACAA